UAAAGCUCCGUAGAAAUGAUCUUCACUGCCAUCAAGCGGCUGCAGUCAGUACUUGACUGGACUGCUGAGAAGUGAUCAAAGGUAGGGGACACCUGCGGCCAACGCAGCCAAGCACAGCUCCUGUGAUGUCUAAGUGGCUGAAGGAUGGUGAGGUGCUUGAAAGUCUCGGGAGUGGCGAGGCAGUACCUGUAAGCCCACGACCUCAGGGGCUGUUGGCUGGGAGCCCCAGACCAGGCAGAGGUCGUAGCCCGCUGGGCUCACCCACCACUAGAAAGGAAGCGAGAGCAUCAAGUCCGCAGGCAGAGACCAUGAGCAAGGCGAAGGAGCUGUUUGUGCUCUGUGACAAAGAAGGGAAAGGCUUCAUCACAAAGCGGGACAUGCAGAGGCUGCAGAUGGAGUUGCCUCUGUCGCCCGAACAGCUGGAGACGGUGUUUGAGAGUCUGGACCGUGAGAGCAAUGGGUUCCUUACUCCGGUGGAGUUCAGCACAGGACUUGGUGAGCUGAUGGGGCAGUAUGACAUGACAGAGCAAAAUCAAGACUUUACACACAAGGAUGGAGACCAGGUGGACUGGUCUGAAGAUUCGGCCGCAAUUAGACUCACAAACAUACUCCAUGAGCUUGGCGCAAACAAACUAUUUGACAGUCAGCAGGAGCUCUGUUCUCUCUGGUGUGAACUUCAGAGAGAUCGCCCAGAUCUGCUGAGUCUCCUGGAAGGCAUCCUGCUCCAUGCCGUGACCCAUUUGCAAGACUCCAUGAGAGAGAGAGACAGUCUGGAACAAGCCCUGCUCAGACGUGAGAGUGAACAUAACCAAGUUGUUAGGUCCAUAUAUGAAGAAAUGGACAACCAAAUCCGUGAAGAACAAGACAAACGCCUUGCUCAGGAGAGCAUCAAACAAAAGAAGAGAGGCUUACAGGUUGAAGAGGAGUUGAAGAUGCGGGAUGAAGAAUUGGAGAUCAUGCUGAGCAGACAGAAAGAGCUGGACAACAGAAUGCAGCAGCUGAUCUAUGAGCAGGUAAACAUGAAGGAGAAGAACCAGCAGCUGCGCAGUCUCAACAAGCAGCUCCAGGAGCAGGCGGAGAGCAGCAGAGAGCAGCUGCAGGCCGCUUUGGGGCAGCUGGCCCAGCUGCAGCUCAGUGCCGCCAAGGAGCAAGUGGCCAGACAGCAAAAUGUGAUAAAAGUGUCAAGAAACAUGCAGAAAGAGAAGGAAAGUCUCUUGAGACAGCUGGAGUUGUUGAGGGAUAUGAAUAAAACCCUGCGAGACGAGAAAGAUGCCCAGCUGACAAAAAAGAGGAGUCCGAAUAUGGCACAGACUUUGCAGAAGAGAGGGUCAGUCAUAGGGCACUACUUUCUACAAGACAAGCCAUUGAAAAGACACGCAUGCUCAUGUGAUGGGUUGGACCAGGUCAAAGAGAAAAAAGCAAUUAAAUCAAACACAUCUCAGAGUUGCCAGCCAUCAUGUAGAGACAGUUGUGAGAAAGUUGGACAGAGCAGACUUGUGAGUCCUCAACAGGUGUUCAAGGUGGUAUUCUUGGGUAGCACAGGGGUGGGCAAGAGCUCCUUCAUCCAGCACUAUUCCACAGGACAUUUCUACAGUCCUAUGAGCGCUACUGCUGGUAUAGACUUCCAGAUGAAGACCAUCACUCUGGGCUCAACCUCCAUCACCCUCCAGUUAUGGGACACUGCAGGCCAAGAGAGGUUUCGCAGCAUCACAGAACAGUACUACCGCAAGGCCGAUGCCGUUUUGGUUGUGUAUGACAUCACUUGUGCAGCCUCCUUCACCGCUGUGAGAGGGUGGAUGGACUCAGUGGAAGAGAAGAUGUGCGAUGGUGCAGUGCUGAUGCUGCUUGGAAACAAGGUGGACCUGGCUGACACUCAGGAAAGUAGGAAAGUGAUAACAAGAGAUGGGGAGAAGUUAGCACAGCAGCACCAGGCUUUGUUUUACGAGUGCAGUGCCAAAACUGGAUACAAUAUAGAGGAGCUGAUGACUCACCUGGCUCAGAUUUUGGUUGCCCAGCUUGAUCGACAGUGUGAGCACACACUUUCCCUGGUACAGUGUGCUGCACGAAGAGGUUGCUGUGCAUGAUCACCAAAGGAAAAAUAUUUUGAAGGGCAUAAUUUGGUGGCCUUGCAGUUUGUUAGAUGGGACAGUUGUAAGUUGAGUUUGAGCUACAGGUUAAAAUGAGGUCCAGCAGUGAACACUUUCUUUCCAUGACUCGCACAUACGUGUUGUGUAUU